AUGCCCUCCAAGACAUCGGGAACCUCCUGCUUCUCGGCCUUUGUCUCCCUGUUCGGAGGCGGGCCCAAGAUCUCCACCCCCUCCAAGGACGCCUUCUACUGGGACCGGCCGGCCAACUUCGAUACGCUCCAUAACGGCGCCAUCCUGCGCAGCCGACCGGUCGACCUCGUCUACUUUCCCGGUUUCCAGGACCCGCCGCUGCAGGCGUGGCAGGUGGCGUACAAGACCAAGGCGCAGGACGGCAUGACGCCGCAGGUGACGGUGACAACCAUCAUCCGGCCCUCGACGGCGCGAAAGGACUCGGACGGCGCGUGGCACCUGCUGUCGUACCAGAGCAAGUGCGACAGCGCCUCGCCCAACUGCCGGACGAGCUACGCGCUGCGGGCGGGCAACGACUACAAGCUCGGCGCGCUGUCCGAGCAGGUCUUCAUGGAGCCGUGCCUGGACCGGGGCUGGAUCGUGCUCGUGCCCGACUACGAGUCCGAGACGGACGCGUUUGGCGCCGGCCCGCAGUCGGCCUACGCCACCCUCGACGGCAUCCGCGCCGCGCUCGCCUUUGCCGACCUGGGCAUCGCCGACGCCGACGGCAAGGUCAACGCCAAGGUGACGCUGUGGGGCUACUCGGGCGGCGCCCUGGCCACGGGAUGGGCGGCGCAGAAGCAGCCCAGCUACGCCCCGGAGCUGCCCGUGGUCGGCGCCAGCAUCGGCGGCGUGCCGGCCGACCUCAACGCCAUCGCGGUGCGCGUCAACAAGACGAUCGCCGCGGGGCUCUACAUCGGCGUCAUGGCCGGCCUCUCCAACGCCUACCCCGAGCUCGCCAGCUGGCUCGACAGCAACGCCACGCCGGCGGGCAAGAAGGCGUUUGCGGCGGCCAAGUCGACGAGCUUCGGCGUCGUGAUGAAGGACAACAUCAAUCUCGACGUCGUCGGUACCUGCUUCAACGCGAGCCUCGUCGACCCGCUCGGCCAGAAGAUCCCGGCGCAGAUCAUCGAGGAGAACAAGGUGGGCCUAGACGGCGCGGCGCCGACGAUGCCGAUGCAGGUCUACCACAGCAUCCACGACGAGGUGGUGCCCGUAAAGACGGUCGACGACCUCGUCGACACCUGGGCCAAGUCGGGCAGCACCAUCGAGUACGUCCGCGACACGCUGUCCGAGCACGUCGUCCUCUCGUUUACGGGAUGCGCAGCUGCCAUCGACUGGAUCCAGACGAGGUUCGACGGCGAGCCUCCCCUCGCUCGGCCGGGCAAGCCGAGGAUCACGACCGUCUUUACCUCGCUCGAGAGCGACGACGCCAAAAUCACUUUGGGAGCCGGCCGACAGUCCGAGCUCAACGACCUCCUCGAGACCAAGUACAAGCAGCCCAACAGGAAGUGGUGGACCUAG